AUGCGGCUCAGAAAAACGGCUCGGUUACGGUGCCGUAUCUUCCUACGGAACAACCCGGCCCUUACCAGUCUUGAUCCCAGUGAGGUUAACGACGACACCAUUCGGCAGCUCAUGAGCGUCGCGACCCGGUACGUCGCGAAUGUGCCCGGGACGGAUGGCUACUGGAAGAAGUGGGAGGGCAAGCUGGAGGACACCAUCGAUCAGCUUCCGUCUCUGUCGACGUUCACCACCUACUCCGCCGCCGAUCACCACAUGGCCGACCUCUAUCGCCUGAUGCCAAGGGCUGGCCCGGAGCCUGAGGCGGGUGUGGGGGCAGGCGACGUCCGUCCUAUCCAGGAGCGCAACCGCCUGCUCAUUGCCAACCCCCAUAUCGAGGACUGGUGGAUCUGGGAGAGGAUGCAGGUGUUCAAGAAGUACUUCCUGGGAAAGGACAUGGCCAAUGCUAGCUGGCACUGGGACAGGGCCGAGUGGCAGAGCAGGUCCACCCUCCACGUGCACGGGUGCAGCUCGUGGGAAUGCGAGGGCGAGGAGCGUGUAACGGAGCUGGCGCGCACGUACCUGCGGGGCCACAUCGGGCGGGUGCGGCCUUCGAGAGACGGUGAGGAUCCCCCCGGCGACGGAGGCGUCAGUGAUGAGGAUAUGUCGCGAGUGAAGGACGGGAUAUCUAGCUUCUUGUGUGGGAUCGGAUUCACUGCUCUCAACCUCGAACCACCGCCUACACCAGCCGAUCCACAAGUUCCGACCAGCGAAGAGGCUCGUGCCCGAGGCAGGGAUGAACUGGCCAGAGACCUGCGCGCUUUCGAUUGGGACGAUGUCGGGGAAUGCGAAAGGCGGUACAAGAACCUCGUCAACGCGUGCAUGCGUCACACCCGACACGGAGGGUACUGCCUUGUGAACGGGCGCUGCCGGUUUGGCUUCCCCAAGCCGCGGCAAGAGUCGUUGGGCCUGGAGGCACACCCUCUCACUACUCCUCCGACCGACAAUGUCGACGACUGGCAGCUCAUCGCAACGCCACAAAACGCGUUGCCGCGGCGGGAGGGGGAGGAAGGGGAGGGUGUAUUCGACCCCUGCGUCAACCGGCACGUCGUGGCACAGCUGCUGGGGUGGGGUUCGAACGUCGACUUCUCCCCAAUCGUCGACAUGGGCAUGGCCGGGAGGUACAUGGUCAAGUAUACCACCAAGGGAGAGUCUCGGAGCAGGGACGUACAGACAACGCUCGCGACCCUUGUUCGCCACGCCGCUACCCUGGACGCCGACGACGACGACAGGCUUACGUUGCCUUCGAUCAUGCGAAAGGUCCUCAACAUGGCGACGACGAGGCGAGACAUGGGCGUGCAGGAGGUUCAGCACCUCAACCUACAGACCCACAACGUCCUCCACAACGUCGAGUACGUGAGGGUGUAUACCGAGCAGACUUCUGUCGAAGUUGAGAGCGCCGGGGCCGACGGGGGACUUCGACCAGUGCGGGACCUGCUCCUUGCGUACUCCCGUCGCAUGGAUCAAGACGCGUGGGUUCCCAUCCAUGGAGGAAGGCCCCAGCAGGACGCGGUCCUCGAGGAGAUGAACUACUGCACGUUCGCCGCCACGUACAAGCUAACGCGGGAGAAGAAGAUUACGACUCACACCCGAAAUAACCGCGUCGUCUCCUUCCUUCCCAUCUUCUCCCACAGCCCUACCAGCCCGAAGUACGCCGACUACUGCCGCAGCCACCUUGUGAAGUACCGCCCGUGGCGUGGCCCUCUGCACAACGGGUGGGACGGCGAGGAAGGAGAGGAGGCUACCACACAGGACGCUGCUGCCAGGCAAAACAUGAUAGACGCGUGGAGGACGUGGGCCACCGAAGUUCAGGCGAUGCCGUUGGGACAACAACCGCGUGGUUUCUCGGCGCGAGACCUCCAGGCGGACCGCCGACGCCGAGGCCGCCGCAGCGGGGAGGGUAGCGGAGGUGAGCCCCACGAAGGCGACGGGGAAAGGAAGGAGAACGACGAUGAACCCCCCAACCUCGACGGCCUGCACGGAAACGGAUUGCAGGGGGGGGCUGGGGACGAUGACCUAGAUCGGCGGUGGAGCGACGGCCGCGACGGCAACAACGUCGACUGGGGCCAGGCGGGUUGGGCCCAGGCACAAGGAGUGCGGGAAGACUCCACUACCUGGGUGAAGGACUCUGCUGGUGCCGCGGCUGCCGGCCCCGCCUCCACAGAAGCGGCUGUGCUUCCGGUACCAGUCCUCAACGAGAAGCAGGCUCUCGCUGUAACACUGGUGAGAGAUCACGCGGCGAGCCUCGACUCCUACCGAGAAGCCGUCCGCGUGAGCCGCAGAGACAACAGCGCCAGGGCCGCGCACCCCCCCCUGCCGGCGCCUCCGAGUCCUCUCCGUUUGCUGCUCACGGGGACGGCGGGCACCGGCAAGACGGUUGUCAUUCGGGAGAUGGUGAGGUUGGUGGGACAGCAGCGGUUCAUCCUCAUGGCUCCAACGGGGAACGCUGCUUGCGCCAUCGGAGGAAUGACCAUCCACGGCGGUUUCAGGAUUCCCGUCGUCCAGAGCAACCGGUCUUCGGACCCCAGCCGCAUGACCGAAGCAGCUCUCAGGGACCUGCAGGAGCGCAUGGCUGAGGUCGAUUUCAUCCUCGUCGACGAGUUCUCCAUGGUGGGUCAGGACAUGCUCGGCCUCAUGAGCGCGAGGGGAAAACAGGCCGUGGAGGGGCGGAGGGGAGAUGGAAUAGAGGACUUCCGCCAAGACGUAUUCGGAGGCCUGAGCAUCAUCCUCGUCGGCGACCCAGCACAGCUUCCUCCGGUCGGGGCUAGCCCGUUGUGGAAACACAAUCCUUCCACGGGCGGCCUCAGCAUGCAAGGACUGCAAGCGUGGCUGUCGAUGAACAACGCCGUCGAGCUCACGCAGGUCAUGCGCCAGCAAGGUCCUUAGCAGGCUGCCUUCCGCGACACA